CACUCGGGCUUGAUGAAGAGGAGGUCUACGAGGCUGAACAACGCUUCGGAGACCACAUCAUCCGGACGACGUUCAGUGGACCUGCCGAUGGGUCCACUGUCAGCUCCGAUGAAAAAUCGAAAGGCUGGACCCUCAGCGGCCUUCUCUCUCACCUCGAAUAUGAUCCUGAGGAGGUAUACGGGCUGGAGAAACAGGCCAGCGAAGAUACGGACAGUGCGAGUAGCAAGGAAGAAGACAGUGAAAAGUUCGCCCUCCGCCAGGUAUCGGCCUAGACCGUGGCCUACCGUUGAGUUGCCCGGUGCCGAAGGCCCGCGUACUCGGGAAGAACUCGACCGUCUCGUCACGCCUCUCAUGGUAUCAAAUCAAGAUCGACAAGUCGUAGAUCCGAUGCCGGUGGUUGAAGAGGAUGAACCCGAGCGCCUCAUCACGCCUCUCAUCGCAUCAAACAAAGAUUCACAAGUCUUAGAUCCGAUGCCAAUGGUUGAAGAGGAUGAAUCCGAGCGCCCCAUCGCGCCUGUCAUUGCAUCACAUCAAGAUCUACAAGUCGUAGAUCCUAUCCCGAUGGCUGACGAGGAUGAGCUCCAGCCCUAAAUUGUCGACAUGCUUCUCGUACCUUUUCCUAAUUUUCUUCCUUAAUAGACUCGCUGAUUGAGCGACUAAGUAGUCGCUGAACUCAACAC